AUGGGUGUUUCAGGCAAUAUCAUGUUGUCCGCAAGAAGCUGGAUAACUGUGAUCGUAGCUGCCAUGCUGGGCGCCAUCAUGAUUGCUCGUUUAUAUGCCAUGUAUCAUGGAUCUAAAAAGAUGCUUACCUUUCUCGUCGUAAUCUUUCUAGCUGUGAAUAUUUCCUGCGUAGUGAUAGCGGCGAUGAUAUUGAAGCAUGUUGUCGGAGAGGAGGCGAUACUUUCUGGCACCCAUAUAUGCAGUUAUGACUUCGAGGGAAAUUACCAACUUCUCUCAGUAAUGACUUGGGCUAUCACAGCUGCAUGGGAGGUCCUUGCACUGUGUCUUGCACUCUGGAUUACUGCAAAACGAUUCCGUGACUUGCGACGACUUAGAACAUCGAUUGGAUCAACCAUCGGAGACUGUCUCACAAUGUUGAUCAAAUCCCACUUGCUUUACUUUGCAGGCUUUCUUACUGUUGCUUGCCUCGAGCUUGGCCGUAACUCUUCACAAAUCCCAGACUCGACUACCACGGAAACUCAGAUAUAUGAAGGCUUUCUUCAAAUUUUCUUGAACGUGCAGAUGUUUGUACUGGGACCACGAAUCAUUAUUAGCGUCCGAGAAUAUAACGCUAAGCUCGUGAACGAAUCCGACACAAACACGCACAUGACUUCGAUUGCCUUCCAGGAACGUACAUACGUGCCAACUAGCAGUACCGUGUAG